UGAAAAACAGUCGUCGGCUCUUUCUUUCAAUCGACAACAUGGCCGGCUAUGAGGAGGGUGACAUUUUUGGCAACGCGUCCCUCUUCGAGGAUUUUUGUGAUACAGCGACUUCAAAACCUAAGACUGAGAACGAUAAUGUCCAAGACGAUGACCACAGCGAAACUGUUAAACAGAUGAAGGACGAAAUAGAUGAGCUGAAGCAAGAAAAUCAUGAACUGAAAAGACAAAUGCGUCUGCUCAUCCAUCCUGGUAACCCGACGACUGGAAGAUCUGUUCAGGAUGCCCCAUUGGCGCAAGUACUCUUUUUCAACCAUGAUGCCAUUUGCUUUUGUAGGCACGAGAUUGAAGACUUCUUUGAACAACUGACAUCACAGACAAAUGGGGAUGCGGGGGGAGUCGGGAUCCCAGACGAUGUCAGGCCCAUGCCCCAGACUUACUUGGCGAUAGUCAUUUUCCAAGGUGGUACCAGGCUUGUGCGAGUCGCGCUCAGGUAG